AUGUGUCUUCAAUCAUUGACACUUUAUCGAGUUCGUAUUAAAAAAUCAUCAGUUGUUAAAUAUAUUUCAAAUUUAAAAUCAUUGAAAAAUUUAUGCGUUCAAGCAUUAGGUGAGAUUCAUGAUCUCAUACUAAUGGUUAUUUGUUCGAACGGAUUACCUGAAUUAAAAUCAUUUGAAUGUACAAAUCCUGAGUAUGAAACUAAUGUUAUGUUUGCUUGGCCUAGACAAACAAACAUUGAAAGUUUAACAGUCGAAUGUAUUUUAUAUAGCUUAAGCUAUCUUCUUUUGCAAACACCAAAAUUAAAAUAUUUGAAUAUAAAGUUAACCAACUUUGGACCAGAAGAAUCGACAAUAACUGCUCUACCAAUACCAAUGAUGAUAAAUCUUAUUCAUCUAAAAAUGGAAACUCAUUUUAUAUCAUAUAAUCAUUUAUUUGAUCUAAUGAAAUCUAUGCCACAUUUAGAAAGUGUCGAAUUAUCUGGUUCCUGUAUGGGCAAAGAUCUCGAUAGUGGUCAUCGAUUAAAAGAAUUAUUUGGACAUUUACAGACAGUCGAAUUGGAAAAUCUUGAAUGUUUAACAUCAGCUAAAUCAGUAAAUACAAUAUUAGCGACAUUCAAUGAUGAUAUUGAUGGAUUUUGGUCGGAUGUAAUAUGCUCAAUUAAAUAUGAUAGAGCUUAUUUAUCAGCAUUUGGUCAUGCAAGAUAA